ACUGAGCAGCCAGCGACCCUGCAGAGCCGAGAAUGGGAGUAGAGCAGAGUGUCUGAGAAGCACGCCCAUCUCCUCUCCGCUCUUCGCCUCGCUCUCGUGGCCUGUUCGCCCAUCCAUCAUCCGGCCGGCCACCGCUCUGAACACCUUCCACCAUGGCCACCUCAGCAAGUUCCCACUUGAACAAAGGCAUCAAGCAGAUGUACAUGUCCCUGCCCCAGGGUGAGAAAAUCCAAGCCAUGUAUAUCUGGGUUGAUGGUACCGGAGAAGGACUGCGCUGCAAGACCCGUACCCUGGACUGUGAGCCCAAGUGUGUGGAAGAGCUACCUGAGUGGAACUUUGAUGGCUCUAGUACCUUUCAGUCUGAAGGCUCUAACAGCGACAUGUAUCUCCAUCCUGUUGCCAUGUUCCGAGACCCCUUCCGCAAAGACCCCAACAAGUUGGUGCUAUGUGAAGUUUUCAAGUAUAACCGGAAGCCUGCAGAGACCAACUUGAGGCACAUCUGUAAACGGAUAAUGGAUAUGGUGAGCAACCAGCACCCCUGGUUUGGAAUGGAGCAGGAAUAUACUCUCAUGGGAACAGACGGCCACCCGUUUGGUUGGCCUUCCAAUGGCUUCCCUGGACCCCAAGGCCCGUAUUACUGCGGUGUGGGAGCAGAUAAGGCCUACGGCAGGGACAUUGUGGAGGCGCACUACCGGGCCUGCUUGUAUGCGGGAGUCAAGAUCACGGGGACAAAUGCGGAGGUUAUGCCUGCCCAGUGGGAAUUCCAGAUAGGACCCUGCGAGGGGAUCCGAAUGGGAGAUCAUCUUUGGAUAGCCCGUUUUAUCCUGCAUCGGGUGUGUGAAGACUUUGGGGUGAUAGCAACCUUUGACCCCAAGCCCAUUCCCGGGAACUGGAAUGGUGCAGGCUGCCAUACCAACUUCAGCACCAAGGCCAUGCGGGAGGAGAAUGGUCUAAAGUGCAUUGAGGAGGCCAUUGACAAGCUGAGCAAGAGGCACCAGUACCACAUCCGCGCCUACGAUCCCAAGGGGGGCCUGGACAACGCCCGGCGUCUGACUGGAUUCCACGAAACCUCCAACAUCAACGACUUUUCUGCCGGUGUGGCCAACCGCAGUGCUAGCAUCCGCAUUCCCCGGACUGUCGGCCAGGAGAAGAAGGGCUACUUUGAAGACCGUCGGCCUUCUGCCAAUUGUGACCCCUAUGCGGUGACAGAAGCCAUCGUCCGCACGUGUCUCCUCAACGAAACUGGCGACGAGCCCUUCCAAUACAAGAACUGAGCGGACUAGACUUCCAGUGAUCCCUCUCCCAGUUCUUCCCUCUCCCAGUUGUCCCCACUGUAACUCAAAGGAUGGAAUACCAAGGUCUUUUUAUUCCUCGUG